AGAUAAAACUGCACGGUAUUUCUUGGCUGACAUGAACGGAGUCAUAGAUAGACGUGUUACUAUGUACUAUCAGCUGUCUGCAGUUGAAGCACUUGUAUAACAACAUGAAAUAAUGAUAACUGAGCUGUGAUAGGCCGGUUCCUUUGGGGAUAGCGGGAUGGAGCCUGCUGUGACCUUACUAAUUAGUUAUCGACUUCUACGACUAAAUCCAGUCGUCACAAUCCCGGUGUCUUGUCUUGUGCGACAUGUCCAUGGAAGAUCCAGAGUUCAGCGGCCAGACAAGCGACGGGCUGACGCGGCUCCCUCCUGUUGCGACAGAGGAGACGCCGCUUCUGCAAGAUGGCCCUGAACCUCAACCGCAAGCUGAAGACACAGACGGCACUCCCAUCGCCAAGCAGCCAACGACCACCGAAUUAAUCGUCGUCCUCUGCAGCAUCUGGAUUGGCGUCUUCCUCGCUGCCCUGGAUGGCACUGUGGUUGCGACGCUCUCCGCCCCAAUCUCGAAUUCCUUCAAUUCGUUGUCGUUAUUGUCGUGGAUCGCAAACUCGUACCUUAUCUCCAACGCCGCAUUCCAGCCCUUGAGUGGAAAGCUCACCGAUAUUUACUCGAGACGGACGGGCUUGAUCUUUUCGAAUAUUUUCUUUGCCAUUGGGAACCUGAUAUGUGGGCUCGCUUCCGAGGCAUGGAUGAUGGUUGCUGGCCGCGUGGUGGCUGGCAUUGGCGGCGGCGGGCUAUUGAUUAUAGCGACCUUCGUUACAUCCGACCUGGUCCCUCUUCGACACCGGGGCGUGUGGCAAGGCAUAGGUAAUAUAUGCUACGGCUCUGGCAUGGGGCUGGGUGGCAUCUUCGGCGGGUUGGUCAACGAUUCUCUCGGUUGGCGAUGGGCAUUUCUGAUUCAAGUGCCUUUCGUCGUCCUUUCCGGCAUUGUGGUUACUUUCACCGUCAAAAUCCCAGCCAAGGAGACUGAUCGCUCACGUAUCAAACGUGUUGACUUUCUGGGGGCUUUCACCUUGAUUGUCUUCUUGGUUUUGCUUCUCACGGGCCUCAAUGCAGGUGGGAACCAAGUACCUUGGAAUCACCCAGUAGUUCUCACCACCCUACCACUUUCAGCCGUCUUUUUUGUCAUUUUUAUUUAUAUCGAAGACAAAGUGGCAUCUGAGCCAAUCAUUCCAGUCCGUCUACUGCUAGAUCGGACAGUAGGCUCUGCUUGCCUUACAAACUGGUUUGCUACCAUGACCGUGUUUGGGACAAUAUACUACCUCCCAAUUUUCUUCCAAGUCCAAGGCCAUUCAGCGACAGCGGCAGGCGUGCGUCUCGUGCCUCAAGCUGUCGGCACUGCUGUUGGAUCUCUCGCCUCGGGAGUGAUCAUGAAGGGCACUGGCCGGUAUAAACUACUAAGUAAUAUCGUCAUGACAUUAAUGAUAGUUUCGUCCGCUGCCAUCUGCACCUUCCAGCUCAAUUCGCCCGAGUGGCUUCCAUUUGUGUGCCUGUUCGGCCUAGGUAUCAGCUACGGGGCUAUACUAACGGUUGCCCUGGUGGCACUCAUUUCCGCAGUCGACCACCAUUAUCAUUCCGUCGUGACUUCUGCCUCGUACGCAUUCCGCAGUACUGGAAGCACCAUUGGAAUCACCAUUGCCUCAGCCGUCUUCCAGAACGUGCUCAAGCGACAAUUGUGGUCUCGAUUCGGAGACCGCGAGGGAGCAGACGAAUUGAUCCCCCGGCUACGAGACAACCUUGAAGAGAUCUGGAAUGUACCCAGCGACUGGCUUCCAGGAGUAUUGCAGGCCUACGAGGUUUCCCUGCGAGCGAUUUUUGCUACGCUACUUGGUUUAACUGUCCUGGCCGCGCUCAGCAAUCUGCUUAUUAGACAGAACACGCUGUAUACAAUGUCGACCAUGAGUCGGUUUAUUCUCGAUCGAAUACAUUCUGGAAUGGCAAUCGCUCUAAAGAAAGCAUACUUGACAGAGUCGACGGCAUUAAAAGGUCUGCAUGUUCGAGAGACUGCGAUGGAGAAUGACUCCUUUUCAGACAGCUCCGACGAUAGCGGCGCAUUUGAAAAACCAGGGCCAUCGAUAAUACAAGAAAAUGCAGACAUUUCCCACAUACCCGCCCGCCGAAAAAGGGUGCUGUUGUCGACAGAGAGUGCUUUUGCUGCCAACUUUUUACCCCCCCUGAUACAGAGCUCGGACGUAGAACUCCGCUUGAUCACUGACGAGGAGCCAUCUGCGAUACUCACGGGAGCAAGCAAGGUGCCACACUAUAUGGAUUCUGUGGAUAGCCAUACAUUCGACAACCGGACUGGGUCGCGAAAAUGGUUGCGAAUCAAAGCGGCGGAGUUGAGCGAAUGGGCUGAUCUUCUCAUAGUUGCUCCAAUUGACGUUGGGACAAUGGGCUCGAUACUAUACGGCCUUACCAACACACUCACACUCUCGCUACUCCGCGGAUGGGAUCUGACGAAGCCCGUUAUUCUUGUCCCCGGAAUGACGAUUUCAGAGUGGAAGAACCCGCUCACCCAACGGCAGUUAGAAGCGCUUGCCCGAGAUUGGCCUUGGAUACAUAAUAUACCUCCACUUUUAUGGAAGCUUACCGGCUCGGAGGAACUUAGACAGCUCCCAUGGGAAGGGAAAGAUCUCUUUGGAUCACUCCUUUGCAAAACUCUAGGAUUACAGCAUGUUUCAGCCAAAAAUGAUACAGCCUCAUCGAAACCAGUCCCACUAUCUGGAAAAUUGGAUACGCGUGAAAGCGGGUCGCUUGCGAUUCCAAAACUUGCCCAGCAAACCGCUAAAAAGUUGGACGAGCUACGAAAUGGACGCCCGAAGUCGUUGCCAUUAGAGUUAUGGCUCAAUAUUUUUGAAGAUCAUCUUGGUGAUUGGGAAAUCGCAAAAGCAGUAGGCAUUCCUACGAGACUUUCUGUUCCCAAGGAAUGGCAGCCACAUAUCUUGAAGAUGUCUGCGCCGGCGUCACUCGAAUAUACAAUACUCCGCGGUUCAUUCGCUGCUAUUACUUCCAAAAUCAAAGAACUAACGCCGUAUACACCGAUGCCAAAUUUAGCAUGUCAUUUAAUCCUCAAAUUCUCGCGGACUGAUAUCCUGACGUACCUUCUCGAGAAGCACCCCAGUCUAUAUACUACAACGACCCGCUUCACAAAUUUGCCGUACCUUGCCUCAGCCAUCUAUGGAAACCCUACCGUUAUGACCUGGUGGCGCGACUCAUCUGACUCAUCAACAAAGGCAUACGGUGCUGAUGCUAUGGACGGAGCCUCACGAGCCGGGUACAUCAAUGUGCUGGACUGGUGGCUAUCAUCUGGCCUACCACUGCGAUAUACCGAGCGCGCCCUUGAAUCCGCCAGCGCCGAAGGACGCGUCGAGGUUCUGGAAUGGUGGAAGCAGGCAUCCACAGCCGCGCCUGGAUUCAACCCGAUCCCAUUAAAAGUUGGCAAAUCAGUGCUCCUGGCGGCACAAUCUGGCCAGACGGAUUCCCUAGCAUGGUGGGACGCAUCCGGAAUCCCAUACACUCAUUCCGAGUCCGUUGCGCGCAUCGCCAGCACUCACGGGCAUCUCCACGUCCUCCAACUGUGGCAGAAACUCAAGGGCCCGAAAAUGAUCUUCGACAACCAAGUGCUCGUCGGAGCGACGAAGAAUGGCCAUGAUGAGAUUCUAGAAUGGUGGCGAACAAGUGGGCUGCGUGUCGAGUUCAAAACAUGUGAUAUCGAAGAAGCCCUAGAAGACGCGGACCCUGCAUCUGGUGCCGAACAGCGCGUGCGACAAUGGUGGUCACGCAACGGCCUGAACUUAGGUGUAGGCACGAGCGAAUGGAUGAAAGUCAAGGUUCUGACUUGAACGAAUUUUCUUUUAUAUCUCUUAUAUCUCUUAUAUAUAUACCCCAUUGAUUCUUGUACUUUCUUUUCGUAUUAUGAGGAAAUAUUGCAUAACAUGUGAGAAGGUGCCUGUGUCUUUGUUGAUUUUGGGAUUGAUUGCAUCAGCAUGGGGAAUUCGGGGGACAUUUUAUCAUUCGUUAUUUUAUGAUAAUCAAAUUAAAUAUUGAGUAUUCAAAAAUCUAACUACAUGUAUUGUUCAUUUUA